UAAGAACCUUCUGGUUUUUCAAAUCCAUCAUCAGUUAAUUUCUAUUACAUUAUAACUAUUGAAAAUGUGUCAUGGUUGUUAUGCUCCACCAUUGUUUUUGUUACCGGUUUUGUUGGUAGUAGAGGCUUUUAGAGGGAUCGGGAAAGGAAUACAAAGUGUUGAUCAAGCAAUUCGGGCCAACAAUUUAAAGAUGAUAGAAUUAUUCAAGCAAAAGAAACAUGAUUUGGAUUUAUCUGCUUCUAAUCAGCUGUUGGAUAAGUCGAGUGUUUCCAUUCAGGAAAUUAAAAAACAUGUUGAUGAGUUGAAUGAUAAUGAUAGGGAACAAUUAGCCAAAUUGUUGAUUCAGAGAUGUAUUGCCCGAUUGGAACAACCUGAUUAUGGAUUGGCUAAGGAUGAUAUGCUUGAGGCAUUGUCAUUGAUGAAUGCAACUGGUGAAUCGGGUAAUGAUGGUUCUUCUUCUUUUGGUUCAUUCUGUAGGAAUUUCUAUUUGGCUGAAUACUUGUUGGGAAUGUGUUAUCACGGAAAUGGUGAUUUUAAGGAGGCUGCUAUUCAUUUCCAAAAAUCUAUUGAACACAGAUCUUAUGUAGAAUCUCAAUUGAUCGAUCAUCAAGACAAUGAGAAGGAACUUAUUGCAAUGGAAGAACAAUUCUUUUCCAUGCAAUUAGAAGCAAAGAAGCCAGUGGAAAAGGUUGCUGCUUCUUGGACUAAAAAUUGGAGCUAUUAUGCCAAUAGUGUUACUAAUUUUACAAAUAAGGCCAAGAAUUUCUAUAACCACAAUUUAAUGCUAGGCUCAGAUAAGCCAGUCCUCAAGACCAAACCAAAUACCUACAUUACCUUGGAAUUGUUGUACAUUAGAGCAGGUGUCUCCUAUUAUUCUGGCACCUAUUAUGCAAAUGGCGUUGAAUAUUUCAAUAGAGCUAUAGAAUUGGGAGAGAGCUAUCAAUCAGAAUAUUUGGAGUCAUCCUAUUAUAAUAGAGGAUUGUGUUAUUAUUAUUUAGGAGAAUUGGAAACAGCUAUUGAAGAUUUUACCAAAUCCAUUUCUUUAAUGCCUCUCCUAAAACAAAGAGAUGCUGUCUAUUUAAUGAGAGCUGCCACAUAUGGAAGAUUGGGUAUGAUCAAAGAGAAGGAGCAGGACGAAUAUAAGGCUCGUCUCAUAAAUCCAUUCGGAAAACCUCUUCCAUUAUUUCACCUUAGAUUAUUAGAUGAUGAUACACUUUGUCAUAUUAUGAGCUUCCUUCAAACCAGACAAGUAUUGGUAAUGUCAUCUCUGAACAAGUACUCAAGAAAUCUUGUAAAGAGCUACCUACAACAAUAUGAUAUUGAAAUUAGUUAUUCUGCUCUGGUUGUUACUGAAAAGAAACCAGCAUCUUUGGGACAAACUUGGUUCCUGCCAAAGGAAAGUUUACCAGGAAAAGCUGAGAUGGUCAAUCACGUACUCCAACAUUCUCUGCUUAAGCAUGUAAGAAAUAUGAGAUUGUUAGCUUGUUCGUCUCAUUUUUUUACUGAAAUACACUUUGAAGAACAAGUCCUAUCUAAAACUAAGAAUUUGAAGAGAUUGGCAUUGUAUGAGUAUACACCUGUACAAUCAAUACUCCCAGUUCACUCUCCUGAUCUCGAAUACUUGGAAAUUGGUUCGAGUAUUUACAAUGACUACCAUUUCCGUCCAUUCAUCUCCAAGUUUACUAAUUUGAAGCAUUUAAAACUUGGAGUUGCUUUCUUCCCUUCUUUGAAUCCAUUCUCUGAUAAUCCUAAUCUUCAAAUUGUAGAAUAUUUACCAAUCACUGAUCAAGACACGGAAUACUAUGUGAAUUAUACUGGCUCCAAGCCAGUUGGAAAUACUUGGGAAGAAUUGAAAUCUUUGAAUCCUCACAUUGUUUUUAAAGAGUACCAAGCAAGUACCAGCAGUUGUCUCUAUGAUUUUACUUCUUACUAAAAAUGGAGUCCUUAAUAAA